GUAGGUGGUCUAUCCAGGAAGCUUAGCCAACUGUUCGGGGAAACCACCGUAAACAAAGUAUCGUUUCUGAUCCACCGGACGGUAUUUGCAAACCGGCAACCAAAUUUAACACCUCUUCUUCUUCAUGCUCGCCCUUUUAAUUGUCGUAUGAACCUGCUGGGCUGCAUACGCCGUGUCGAAACCGGAAGAGGACAUUGGUGUCUUGACAGAUUUCACCCAAACAAGCUGCAGUCAACCACCGGCGCCGCUUUUCCGAAAACAUGUCUGAGUUCCUUCUUCUGCUCCUCAUCGUCGUCGUCCUGCUGUGCUUGCUGGUGACCCUGGGGGGCUACCUGAUCUACUCGGGCCUCCUGGUGGACGUGGACGUCAAGACGGGACCACCCCCGAUUAGAAACGUGACCGUUGCUUAUAAGUUCAAAGAGGGAGCCUACAAGGACUGCGGGGAAGCCUUCACCGAGACGUGCAGCAUUGGACCCAAGCAGAGGACCAUCGCCAUCUUCUAUGACGACCCCGAGCAGAGGCCAGCAGAGAAGUGCCGCUACAUCGUAGGCAGCGUUCUGUCUGAGGGGGAAGAGAAGCCAGAUGAAGCCCUGCAGAAGCUGUAUGAGAAGUUUGGCUUCAAGCUGUUUUCUCUUCCGGAAGUGAACCAUGCCGUGACCACCAGCUUCCCCAGCACCACCUCUCUCUCCUACAUCCUGGCACCUUUCAGGGUCUACCCUAGGCUCAAAUCCUACAUUAAGGAGAGGAAGCUGUCAGACCUCCUAAACAUUGAGAUUUGUGACUCACUUGUCACCAAUUAUAUGGUGCCACUGUCCCGCCAGACUGAUUUCUUUGUUCCCGAGAUGAGGGCUGAGGCCAAAGCUGAUGUGAAAGAAGAAGACUCUGAUGAAGACAGAGGAACUGACAUUACAGGUGCCGACUCUCACAGUGAUGCCAGCUCAGGAAGCGGCGGCGUUCCCUGGGACAGCCGAGAGACGUCCCUGGCCGCAUCCACGGCCGCCUCCUUGGCCUCGUCCCUCCCUCUCAGGGACGUGAUGGACGCGCAAGGAGACGCCAAGCACAGAGAAGGCAGCGAGCGAGGCUCAGACGGCUCGUUGGCCAGCGGCUCGUCCUUUGAGGAGCUCGACAUGUAUCAAGAGAAGCAGGCGGGAAAGGCGGAGGAAGACGAGGGAGAAGAGGUCCCUGAGGGUGGCGAUAGAAAAUCUGGGGAAAUAUUGCAGGUGGAGGAGGCGGACAAGGAGGAUUUGGGGGACGACGGCGAGGAGUGACUAUGUUGAGAUAUAAGGGAUGUUAGGCACGAAAUGGUGGCACGCUAGAGAGCGUCUCAGUUGUUGUUGCUGCUGGUUAUGUUACCAUGUCGCUGGAUCCAAAGCCAUUUGAUUACUUUUGUUAAACUAAUCUCAUUAAAACUAUAAAUACUCCUAUUUAAACCAUGUCCAGUCACAUAUGCCACAUACCUGAAGGCCUCACUGGAAAAAACAAAGGUGCACUUGCAAGAUCUAAUGACAUUGCUGUGUUACAACUUAAUUAUUUUGGUACUAAAGUACUAAUGCUCACUUUUGAUUGGCACUGUAGGGAAGCAUUCGUGUAACGAUGUUAUUUACAGUUAAUUUGUCAACAUGUUUUUUUACAAUUAGCCACAGAAAAGGAGUAGUUACAGUCAAUCCACGGUUCACAAACUUAAUUUGUUGUGAGCAUGUAUUUCUUUCCCCAUUUAAAUGAAUAGAAAUAAAAUUAAUUGAUUUCAGAUCCCAGAACCAGGUUACAUGUGUUUUUACAUAGUGUUAUUGGGUUUAGUUCAAAAGAAACGUAGAAAUAAAUGAACCCUUUAUUGCCUCUUGUUGUUAAAAAUGGCCAAGCGAAAGAUCAGAAACAUGAACAUCGCUUUCAUGUUUUAUUUUUUAUUUUUUUCAACAAUACUAAGAUUAAGCUUUCUAAUAGCAUGAUGGAAAAAAAAUCAAAAGAUACAGUACCUGUAUUUGAAAUACGUGACACGUGAAACGUUUGAUAGCUUGUGACUGACUUGUAGCGAUUUGUUUGUGAACUGGGGCCUUUGUGAACUGAGGUUUGACUGUAAUGUAUUGCAAUUCUACACCACUGCUAACUGUCAGUUUUUAUAUGAAUAUUAUUUUUUUAUUUAAUACAAACAGCAGUAGAAGUAAUGUGAGACAUGGCUAUGUGCCACAAUUUCAUUUGUAACUGUAGAAAAUAAUUUUCUGACUAAUUAAGUGAAAUUGGAUCAUUUCCCCCAUUGUGGUUAGGUCUGACUGCAUUAGAUUGUGUUGAGUGUGCCAGUAAAGAGCACAUUCAGUCAUCAAUUUUUAUAUUUAGCAUCAUAAAAGUCCAGUCGAUCAGCAUCGUAGACUUCUGUGACACAUUGGAAAUUAUGUACAGCACAUGGUUGUGUGUGUGUGUGUAUGCGUCCAGCGUAUGGGUCUGUAAUAAUAAAACAUUUAAAAUGUAAAA